AUGGCCAAUAUCUACACCAACAGCUAUUUAAAUAUUGCCGCAACAGCAGCUAAGGAUAGUACAGCGGGUUGUUUCAACGAUCGUGAAAUCAAAUAUUUCUUCGGUGGUGUCUCCAUAAGCUCCUUUCAGAUACCUCAUGACGGUCAUGGUGUUUCAAAGGUCUUCGUUGGGCCAUCUUUCGAGCCGACGCAUCACCGGUUCACUACCAGUGGGAAACGACGAUACAACCACCCGGCUGCCUCUGCCAACGAUGCGCUUCCACUUUUGACUAGAGCCUGGGUUUAUCAAGAGCGAAUGCUUGCUUCGCGUACACUACAUUUGCAACCGGCCAGAUUUGAAGUGCGAUAG